AUGUCUCAGUGCUGUGAACAAAGAGAAGAAUUAAUACAAGUAAAAGAGAAGUUGAAGCUCUUUGAAGAGGAGAAUGAAGAUCUUCAAGCUGAAGUAGGAAGACAAUUGUUUCUAGAGAGCAAAGAAAAGCGCCUCAGAAAUAUUUGUCAGCCCCCCAGUAAAUAUGCAAGUGGAAAGAGUAAGCCUGGUAGAGCUACAGGUGCUUGGUAUAGCUCUUCAUGUACAGAUGUUAAACUACCUGAUGGUGCAGGUCUAAUGGAGGAAUCAGGUAAUGACUUCCUUUAUUUAAACUUAGUACCACUUGGAAUGUCAGGGUUGUCAAAAUAAUUAAGCCAGUAACUGGCAUUUUUUUUUUUUUUGUUUACUCAGAAAAACAUGCCAACCAUUCCCAGUGUUUGUGGGAUAAUAUUCAGCUUGUAAGAAUGAUAUUGCACUGCCUACUUUGUAUUACAAACUGUUACUCAAAAUCAUAUAUCUUUCUUCUACUACAAACUUUGCACUUUGAAAUACAUUACUUAAGUUGCCUUUAAGGUGGCACCAAGGUUAAAUUCAGUGAAUUUUAUCUCAAUUUUUGAAUGAACUUGACUCAAAUGUCUAAAAAGGGGACUCAAGCCUUGAUGUUCAAAGUUUGUGAGAAUCUAGGAUUGAGAAUUUGGGAGGAGUUUGAAAGGACUGUCAACUUACUUUUGAGUGGUACUGAUGUUUGAUUUUACCUUGGUAUUGGUCAGCCACUAUUUUUUCCAUUCCUAUCACAUUUUCAACAGAAUUUUGUGUGAAACUACAGAAAUCUUUUGUGUGUUUGUUGGGUUGUUGGUACAUGUAGCUAAGUACUAACUAGGCCAGUUUGAUCAAGAGAAGGGGUACUGGAUACUAAUAGCCUUUGAGGCAUAAAUUUUCAUCACAGAACAAGGAAGGCGACCUACUUUACAGCCAAUCCAUGGCUAUAAAUGCAAGCUUGUGCCUAUGUACAAAAGUGGCUCUUUUAAACUUGCACGAACAAUAUUUAUGAGUAAUGUUAAUUUAUGCAAUAAUUAUCUUGUCUGAAAGAUGAUCACCAUUAAGCAUGCUUGAUUGGUAAAGGUCAUGGCUUUCUGUCUUUAGCUUUCAAUAAUGCACCUCAAAAGGGAGAUUUUGCGCAGUCUGGAACCUUGUUGUAUUGCAAUUUAGUCAGUAUUUCAAGUUACAACUAAAACUUGGUGCUGUACCUUGAAAUUCCAUUACAGUAAAAAAGAUUCUCAAAAUUUCACCUUUCUUUGGAUAUGUAUACAUACAUGCAUUAUACCAUUCCAAGAAGGUAUUGAUUUGAAUGAGAAUAACACUUGCAUUUGUAAGAGUUACCUCACAUUUAUCUUGUUUGCAUUUUCUUUUGCAGGUUUCUUGCUUCAACAAAGACUUCAGGAGAUCUCACUUUCCCUAUCAGAAUUGGAACUAAGCGGGAUCAAGAAGCUUGUUCGACCCCAAUGUGAUGAAGUGGAAGAAGGGAAAGAAAUAUUUGGCAGCAUUGAAGUUGAUGAAGAGGACAAAGUUUGCGACAAUUCCAACAUAAACUCAUUUAACAGCGAUAGUGAGGGAGCUGCUGUCACUUUUCAUACAGAGAAUGUGAAUGGAUCAAAUUUUUUUGGUGAUGUGGAUCUGUCAGAAGAGAGAUAUGAUUCAGCCUCAAGCUUGUCUCAGUCAUUUGAUGUGCCAAGUAUUGGAUUGGAAUCUCGAGAGAAGUCUUGGUCACCUUCAUCUACAGGUGAACAAUCUGAAAGUGAAAAGCUGAAAGGAGCAUGUGCUGCAAAUGGCAAAAGGGACAAAGAAGUUACACAUGAUUUCUCUUUUCCUGAUGGUGCAGAGACACAAUUUUAUUCUAAUCAUCACUUAAAUUACACCGUAGAUGGUGCAGAUAAUUUACCAGAGAGAGCCCAAGAUAGUUUAAAGCAAGAAGACUUCACAAGUGUGAAUCAAGAUUCACUUCCCUAUGGAGAUUCACCUCAGAGGCAAAUUGUUUCAGGUGCAAGGUUCACUGCUCAAAAGGACACAGCAACAGAUCAGUCUGACUCUCAUGUGAGCUAUCAGUCAAAGAAAUGGGAGCAUUUAGGGGCCAGGCCAAGAGACAGACCUCCUAAAAUAGACAGAUGUCCAGAACCUUCUUUGCUAAACUCAUUGGAAGACUUGGCCCCUCAACAAGGUGCUGGACCUGUGGCUUAUGGAGUGGCCAACACAUUCUUAGCAAGACACUCAGAAGACAAACAUCUUCACGAAAGUUUAUAUUACACUAAUGCAGAGAAGAUGUUGACUGAGAAUUCUUCAUUACAAGGAGCUUCUCAUGUAGACAGUGUGAUAAACGUGACAGACUCAAAUAAAGCUCAACUGUACUUUGGUGAAUGUCAAGUUCCUUUCAGGCCAGAUCCAUAUUCUCAAACAUAUGCAUCAUUGUUCCCUCAGACUAGUGGAGCAUUUAUUGGAGGAAAUAAUAGUUCAAACCAUGUCACUGAGUUAGUGGAGUCUCCAAGCAACUGUCUGUAUGAAGGGGAACAGCAUGCUGAUGAAGAUUGUGCAUUGGUGAAGACAGUGCCAAGGGAGAGAGAAGAAAGGGAACAGUCUGGCCAAGAGAGACAAGAGCAUGAAUUCCAAGCAGAAAGAGCACCACAGAGACAAAGGGAUGAAGGGAGCCACAGGUAGCCUUUAGGGGGCAAGAGUGUCAAGAGGCAUUGGGAAGACCCAUCAUGUGUCAGGAGGUAAGAGACUGUUCUGAAUACAAUUGUAUGUUAUUGUAUCAGAGUUGAGUGAGGAGUUGUCAGUCAAGUGUUUUAAGUCAGGUUGCUACCACUGUGUGGAAUUAAUUUGGAACCAAAGUGUGUACCAAAAGUGCACUUCUUUGUAUACUUUUUGUAUAGUACCAGUCUUCCUGAGGGGACAUUGUGAUUUUUACAUUCUGUAUACAAUUUUACAUACUUUUUGCAUAGUAAUAGUGUUGCUGGAGCAAACUCUGGUGGUUAGAUAUAUUUUGUAUGGUAUAACUGUGUUGCCCUAAUGAUAAAUACUUCAUGUAUGCGUUCUCUAUACAGAGCAUUGUUACUCACCCUGUGUCCUUUUAUUUUUUUCCUAUUUAUUUUUCACCUAAAAGUCUAAGACUUAUUGGCAGCUUUUGACAAGAGGUAGUGGCCGUAGCUGAAGCUGAAAUUAAUUGCUAUUGAUUUAGGGGGCUUAAAAUGGGGCAUCAAAUUGAGAAAUCAAAGAGCAGCCAUUGAGCUCACAGUGAAAUGUGGAGGUGAACACAAGAAGAGAAAUUUCUUAUCUACAAGCAACCAUGUAUUAUUUUGUUUAUCAUAUAAACACAAUAGCCCUUUACUGACAAGAAAAGUCAACUUUAUUGAUGAAUGAAUGGCUGUGCUGUUUAUUCAUCAACCUGACAAAGUGGCGCAAAAAAAUAUUUUUUCACAUGUGCUGUUAUAUGGCUUUUCUCAGGGCUGGAAAUCCUUGUAUGGCAUGGUGUCUCUUAAAUUGCAAUGUUUUUGAAAAGGGAUAUAUGUAUAUAUCCUUGGAAUUAAAGUGGUUUUGUGGUCAUCUCUUGAAUAUUGCAUCAAAAUUAUACUUUUUAUCUAAAAUUGCAACUUCUGGAUUCUUUACUAAAAUUUUUGGUAACAGCAAAUAUGGCCAGAUAUGCUAGUGUAUGGGAGGGCAUAGAUUUCGAUUUUGAGCAAACAGGGUCACUGCCUAUUGCAGAAUAUAGAUUUCAGAUGUGGAUCCCAAUUGAAGAGGCUUUGGUUAAAAAAUUACUGUUUCCUUACAGGAGAGGUAUUUUGAGAUGCCAACCACCUUAGUUGUAGAUGCAUUAGACUCCACUCACAACAAUGCUCAGGCCUUUGUACAGGGUGUUAGAGAUGCAAGCAGGAGGAUUUCAGCAGGGAACCCACAGUUCAGAAGAUGUUCUGUUCAGGAACAUGUAAGCUAUUGAUGAUUCUUGUACAGUUGGAUAUUAAAAUUACAGGUUCUGUCAGUCAUUAUGCAACAAAAUUUGCAUGGGAGGCUCAGAAAACCAUGAAUGCCAGAACUGUUUUUGCAAUGUUGUCAAGUCUCAAAGAAUAAACCAGUCACAAGAGAACUUAACUGGGUGCUUGGAGAUCUCAUUCAAUAAUGUUUAUUACUUGUUAAGGGCUCCCUCAAAUAUUGUCAAGUAGAACAAGGGAUUUUUUUGUGUAGUCUACCCUGGUGUCCUUAAAUGCCAAAUGUCAGACAAAAAAAAUUUGAAAAUGAUCAGUCUAGUGUUUUGAAAAAACUAGCUUCUGAAGUAAAUUCUGAAUUAUUUUUUUAAUUGUUAUCUUAUGGUUUUUCUUUGAUAGUAUGAUCAAGAUGCUAGCCCUGCAAUCUGUACAACUUGUCACAGGUAUCGACAUCUGUAAGUAUAAAUCAGCAGCAAAAAAACAUAAGAUUUCUAUUCUCCCUGCCCAUGUUUACUUUUGAACUUGAUUCCAUUUUGAUACAAAAAGAUACACAAUAAACCAGGAAAGAGUAAUGGUGAGAGAUAUAGUGGUAUGCUGGUUAACCCUUUAACUCCCAAGAUGUCAUUAGUAAUUCUUCUUACUGUCUGCCAAACUUUCAAUUCUCAUUCUGUUAGUUUGGAGAAUUUGGUGUCAGAUCAAUUAGUAAUCCCAUAAUUGAUAUUUUAUGGGAAUAUAGUUGACCCACUUUGACUCUGUCAUGUGCCAAUGUUAAUGUCAUCUGUAAAUAACUCAUUGGUAAAUAAAGGUUUAUGUUCAUGAAUUCAUGUGGUAUCUUUGAUCUAUCUUUUCUCUAGUGGACCAUGCAGGGUAGGAGUUCAGAGCUGCCAUGAUGAGUGCUACAUCUGCCAGAUGGUAAUUUUAUUGUUGCUAUACAGUGACAAUUUGUGAGCUUAGUGGACAUACAGUUGAACCUUAGUCUAUGAAUCACAUGGUGUUAACCCGCAGUUUUCUCCAAUUUUCCAGCCAUGUAUGUAACACUACAUCCAAAUUCCUUCAUAUCUGUCUGUUCUUCGCCCCCUGCCCUCUUUCCUCCUUUGUAAGAAGGUUAGCUGUUCCACUCCUGAGAUAUAGAUAUCAUUUCUCUACACUGUGUGCUGCACAGAUCUCUGAACAUUUUGGCUUUAAGAAUAUGGUGUUUAAAAAAAAUCAAUUUUUUGAUGUUCUUCUUUCCCCUUCUACUUGAGAAAUAACUUCCUGGAAUGUCAGGGUUAUUUUCAUUAAGUGGAGGUGGAAAGAACUGAUCCUUAAAAUGUGACAAAGAAUAAAAUUCAAGUUUUAUUCCCCUCUGUUGAGAUCGACUAACCAAAAAGAUAUUAGUUGUUCAUCAUUCCAUUAGUUACUUUUUGCCUGUAACUGAAGAUACCUUUUUUACGUGAGAACAACACUCUUUUUAAAUUGGACCUCUGUAUUUGCAGGAUACAUCUAGCGGUUUACAUAUUUUGCAGUGCUCACACAGGGUUCAUGUGGAGUGUAUUGUUUGGCUGAUACAGCACAACAUGUAAGUUUGUCACAAUUCAGCAAGUUCCAGCAAUCCUCCAUCAUAAUUGAAUGGCCAAACUGGUACAUUCUAUUUUGUAGUUAUACUUAGGCAUUCUCUUUCUUUUGGUCACCAUGCAGUCUCUGCAAUCAUGCUGAUCCACUUCAUAUUCAAAUUAUAGGAGAUGGUUAACCAUUGUUAAAAUUUUUAUGACCAUCUUCACUGUCAUUUGCAAAUAAAAAAUUCUCGUGUUUAAGCUGGUAAUUUAUGUCUGAGAAGUAUGUGUGUAUUUAUUUUUCAGAUUAAAUUGCCCAUCUUGCUUUGGUGCCUUUUUUCCAUCAAGUUAAUUGUGCUCCAAGGUGUAGUCCAAGGUUGUUUAGGUAGUAGAACUUCUAAAGAGUGAAUCACUCACAAAGUUUGGAAAGUUUCUUUUUAGCAUCAGUAAGAUGUAUAUGUCUUCGUUACUUAUAAAACUUUCAUUUGUUUAAACUAUGUAAUAAGUUAAGUAACAGUUAAUUGACAUGUAUGAUAUGAAAGAACAUAAGAUGUUAAUGUAAAAUGUUCAGGUGAACAAGUAGUAUCGUUAUGAAACCAAGGUAAACAAUACCCAUAGAAUCAUUCAUCCUAUGUUGAUACUGGACUUCUACUUGGAUGGUCAUCUGGUUAUUUCGAAGCUAAUUCUAGGUCAAAUAGUGACUUUAAUUCAUUAACUACUCAUUUCUUAACAAGUGACUUUGCACUUAGUAUGAGAGAGUUUCAAGUACUAAGAGGUGGGCCUCUUCUAUCUCUGCAAAUUAAUUGACUAAUCAUUCAAGGUUCAGCAUUGAGUUCUUACUUGACUGAGAUGGACCCUGAAUCUCAAAGAUCUGCAACACCUGCCACAAAUGCAGGGAGAAAUCUCGAUAAAGAUUAUUGCCAAUAUAGAAGUUCUGAGAUGAACAGAAACUAUGACAGAAACUCAUUGGAGUUGCCUGACAUUUUCCUGCUUGAAGUGGAAUAGCUAAAAGAGAAGAGAUUGAGAAGUGUUUGAUUGAAAGAAAGGGUGUGAAAUAGCAGCAGAAAUUGCAAGAAAGGAGGCAGGGAGCUGGAGAAAGCCAGAUGAUGGCAACAAUGUCCAGAGGUGGUGAGAAGACCCUUGCAUUUUUGGAAGGUAAGAGUUCUUGUAAAGUGAAGUGUCUACCAUGAAGGCCUUUUGCUUCCAUUCUUCAAGGUCUCUAUUAGUUUGCAAUUGCUACCAAGAGGUUGUGCAGCAAAUUGAAGAAGUUGUUGAGGUGUUCCUUAAUCACUGGCAUAAAUUGAUUUGUUUUCCUCUAGAUAGCUUAUAAAGAUAUAAUUCUUCUUGAGGUUUGUUUUAGAUAAUAACAGUUCUUUUUCCUUACUAGAAUUCUCUUAAUUCUAUGAGCUUCCUGUUGCACAACCAACAGCUCUCACAACCAACAGCUCUUAGGUAUUGCUACAAGCAGUAUAAAAGAGCAGCAUGGAUGAGGAUUUCAGCAGAGAACCCACAGAUCAUGGUACAAAUGUACUGGUGAAGAGGUAAGCAACUGAUAUUUACUUAGGAAUAAAAAGUUAGCCAUUGAUAUACAGGUUAUGUCAGGUCAGGUAGUAACCAUGUUCAACAAUUGCUUGAAGAGUUGUCACUGUAAAACUCAGAAAACCUAUGAACACCACAAAUAUUUCUGGAAUAUGUUAUAAACUUAAGAAGGACAAACCAAUGAUGCGAAAGAGAGCUGAACUGUCAGCUUGCAGAUCUCAUUUUGUUUGUUAUAUGAUUGGUCGAUCAUUACAGAAUAAACAGUGAAUAUGAACCCCAGGUAGUGGAAGGGAAUUGCUAAAGUUGUGUGAGGAAGCUCAUAUACAUUCCGUUUUUAGUUUGAUAGAAAAUGGAUGGUCUCUUGUGAGACCUUGAGCUUUUGUAAAAAUUAAGAAUUCAUUUCCAAGCUUUUGCUGAUCCAUGGAAACCACUUUAUAAUUUCACAAUGCUACUGAAAAACAACAUGAAAAAGUUACUGUUUGUUUUGAUUCUGUUUUGUUUUUCUGUGUUAAUUUCAUGGGGUUUAUCCCUUUUUGGUAUGGUGAAGUUAAGUCAAUAUAAUUUUUGUUGUCUAAAACAAGGAAUUUUUAUGUAGUUCUUUUGAUCUACAAUUGAUCCCAUGAUGUGUUUGGGAAUAAGGUUAAGGAGCUUUGCUGUUUAUUGUAUUUGGUAAAGCUUUUACUGAUUCAAUUACAAAGAAAUAUUAUCAAGCCACAUGCCCAUAUAGUGGACAAAGCAUUUUUUGAAAACAAGUAGUUUCAUGUUGUUUAAAUGAAAGGUCUCGAGAUAAGGGUCUGUUUGUUUUCAACUAUUUUAUUAAUUUUUGUUUGUUUGUUUGUUUGUUUUUUUAAUAGCAUGACCAAGAUGCAAGCCCAUUUGGUACAACUUGUUUCAAGUGUAUAUAUUUUCUUUUUACGAAGUAAAAUGAGAGAAGAAAAGAUUAUUACGUUUAAUGUAGUGGAGAUUAGACCUAUACUAUAAAACAAUCAUUAUUGUCUAACCUGGUGAAUCUCAGUGUUCUUUAAAAAGCCUUCUAUCAUUUUGUAUUUUAUUAUUUCAUUUGACAUAUUUUUAUUUAUUUCCUCCUUAGUUUAAAUAUAUUUAACAAAGAAGAGAACGUGUGAUAAAUAAGUAGGAAUAUUAUUGUAAAAUGUAACACGAUAAAGUGGCAAAGGAUAAUUAAGACUAUAGACAUGGCCUUGUUUUAAGUUAUGUAGGUUCUGAGGU